AUGAAGCUGCUGGGUGCUGUGUUGGUGGCUGCUGGCCUGCUGGGCCCCGCCGCCUGGGGGGAGCAGCCCCCCUGGCCCGAUGAGCCUUCACGGACCUGCUUCUUCCAGAUGCUCAGCAGCGUGGACAGCGAGUUCUGCAGAGGGGAUUUAGAAGUUAUCUACCCAGACCUGGGCAAUGUGGGCUGCAUGUACAUCCCCAAGUGCCACCAGUACCGGCGGCGGAUCAGCAGGGAGUGGGGCAGCCCCCGCGUUCUGUACCCCCAGGCUGAGAAGGUGUAG